GGAACAAAAGACAGCUUGCAUGUUUAAGUCUCAGCUGUAAGAUCUGCCACAGAUACUUUGUAGAAAGUAAAAGUGGCAAAGGUUACCAGGAAGUCGCUUCAGAUAAAUGUGGCCAACACGCGGAUGUGACUGGAAGAGGAGAAAAGCAGCCAUGAAUUUAUCUACAGCAGCGAGUCUUUUUCUCAUCGUUCUCUUCUGUGAAGAGGUACAGAGUAAGUGGAAUGUGAACUGCAACUCCAAGAACAUCUGUGCCUUAAAAGGAUCUACAGUCAGAAUGCACUGCGACUAUAGUCACCCAUCCCAGGAGGAUGGCAAAGACAUCAAGGUUGAGAAAACAUUUUGGUUUACUAAGAUUGAUAAGGACCCCUUAGAUUUGAAUACCCAGGAGGAGUAUGCGGGUCGCGUGGAAAACAGCUGCAUUUCAGAAGAUUGCACUUUGACAAUUAGAGACGUGAAAGAGAGCGACUCGGCUGCGUACAAGUUUAGGUUCAUCACAAACAAAUCAGGUGGAAGUUACACUGGUCCACAAGUCGUGUUGUCUGUCACAGACUCAGAUCCAAAUCUAACUGUCAAGAGUUCAUACUGGAACAGUGCAUUAGUAUGUUCCAGUUCAUGUGUUUUACCUGAUGAUUCUACAUAUGUGUGGUACAAAAAUGGAAAAGAUAUGCACACAAGGACACAUGAUUAUAACGAACGGGUGGACUAUGAAGACAGCAUAUCCUGCGCUCUGAAAGGACAUGAGGAUUUCCCUUCUCCAUUAGCCUGUUUCAAGAGUAGGAGUUGUAAUAAAGUGACUUACAGUCAUGAAAGAAUCUGUGCAUUGAAAGGUUCUUCAGUGAGCUUUUAUUCCAAUUACAAUUCAUAUUACUCUUCACAUUAUACCACAUUGUUCUGGUUCAGUCCUGAACGCAGCACAGAAUGGAAUGAUAUCUCACAACCUGAAGAUCUUAAACUAGACUCUAAAUAUUUGGGUCGAGUGCGUGUCACUAACAUAAAAAAAAAGUCCACCCUGACAAUUAAUAACUUAAUGGAAAAUGAUUCAGCAGAGUAUCGAUUCAUAUUCAAAAAAUACUCGUUUAGCUGGGGGAGUGAUUUACAUGGAACAACUCUGACCGUCACAGGUCUACAGGUGGAAGUGACAAGAAUUUCAGCCAACCAGGAUUCACCAUAUGCAGAACUGAAAUGUCACAGCAGAUGCACUCCAGCUGGUUAUAAUUACAGAUGGUUCAGGAACGGACAGGACAUUCGUCAUAACAAAUCUACCUAUAUAGUGUUGAUUAAUACGACAGACAAAAUCUCCUGUGCUUUAUCAUCGUUUAAGGAACUCAGAGCUCCUGAAGUGUAUGCUCCAGUUUCAACCUCUGUGUCAGCCGAUUUCACUGAUGACAUAGUUGAAGGCAACCAAGUGUUUCUAAAGUGUAGCAGUAAUGCUAAUCCACCCGCUAACUACACUUGGUACAAGAAGACUCAAUCGUCAACUCUUCAACUUCACGGAAAAGAUUCAGAGGUUUACCUGCGUGAAAUCCAGACGUUUGACUCUGGGGAAUAUUUCUGUGUAGCCAACAACCAGUUGGGGGAAAGCAUCUCUGAGUACCUUAAUAUUGAUGUGAAAUAUGCUCCAAAACAUGCAGAUGUUUCCCUGAGUCACGUAGAGAUAGUGGAGGGUGAUUCAGUACAUCUGACCUGCAGCAGUGAUGGAAACCCAACACCUUCUUACAGUUGGUACAAAGACAACCAAGUGAUGCUUCAAGGACAAGGAGGCGUGUAUCAGUUCUCUUCUGUCACGUCUGAGGACAGCGGGACGUAUUGCUGCGAGGUUGGGAACAUAUAUGGACAGAUCAACUCUUCAUCUGUUCUUAUAAAUGUGGAGUAUCCUCCAAGGCUUCCCUCUGUGUCUGUGAAUCCUCCUGGUGACGUAGCAGCAGGUAGUUCAGUGAAUCUGACCUGCAGCAGUGUCGCUAACCCUGCAGCUACGUACAUCUGGUACAAAGAGCAUUCAACUUCCCCAGCAGCAGAUGGACAGACGUUUACCAUUGUGGACAUCAGAGGUGAACAUGGUGGAAAUUAUUACUGUCAAGCCAGAAAUAGCAGGGGGAACCAUAACUCCACCGUACAUCUGAUUGUGGUUUCAAGUUCUGCUUCAUCUGCUGUUGCUGGGUUAAUCACAUUUCUACUCCUGAUUGGUUUAUUUUUGUCUGCCUUCAUCAUUUUUAGAAAAAAGAAGGUUGUACGGCAAAUUCACCAGAGCAGAGAGGGAGCAGAAGAUAACGAGACAAAGAGAUUGGGUAACUUGGGCCGACAUAUUGGGAGUUCAUCAACUGCAGGACUUGGAAAUUCAGUAGAUCAAGGCGACGUUUGCUAUGCCAGCGUACUUUUCUCUAAAAAUCAGGAGGAAUCUCUUUACUCCAACUUUGUGCCAUCUGAACCCAAAACAUCUCAAAACGAGGAAAAGGAGGAAGACGUGGAGUAUUCAGCGAUCAUGAUCAAGAACACACCUUGUAAGAAAAGUUAUGAUGCUUCAGAGGAAUCAUCUGCACUGUACAGCACAGUCUGCAAAGUCAACAGAUUAUAAACAACAGCAAUUCUUGUUGAAUACUUUUUAAAAAAAUAUAAUACUUUAUACAUUGAUCAGAAAGCAAACAUGAAAGUAGUUCAUUCAAAAACACCCGGGAUGGGAUGGCUGCAUUAACAAUGUGCUAAUGAAUCUUUUAUGCAUUAAAAUAUGUGCGAUAUUUCAUAUUUUACUGAUCUGAUACAGAGUAAAUACAGGCCCUGUAUUUCCGAUGCCAAUAUUUAUACCAAUACUUAUUAUUUAAGUAUGUUAUAUAUCAUAUAUCAUCAAACUUCUGACUUUUAGGUGUCUUUGUGGUUUUUCCUUUGAAUUAUUUUUGUUAAAACCUUGGAGUUUAUAGGUGUACAUUUUAUCUAAAUACUUUAAUAGCAUAUUUAGAUGAUAAACAGAAAUAAAAUAAAAAUAAAAAUAAUUUAUGUCCAUUUCAGUAAACUAAAGGAACACAAAAAAAAUCAUCAUUUAAGGGUAAAUCAAAGCGAAAUAUUUUCUUAGAUGUUAGAAAUGGAAAAACUAUAAUACAAAAAUAACAUUUCAUGAGUGAAUCUGAAACUAAAGUACUGACCUUGUCAUGUUAGCAUCCAUCCAAAUGAACAGUUGUCAAUUUAAACAGAGCUAAAAUGCACAAUAUCAAUUAUGAUAGAAAUAUAUACAAAAUAUGGCACAAUUACACAUAAAACCCUGUGUAUAAUUACAUUUGUCUAAAAUAAAUGUUAAAGUAUAAUACUUGUAAAGAAAAAGCAGAGCUUAUCCUUUCCUUUAUGAGAAACACAAGGGACCGUUCACUUCCUGUUUCAUAAAAAAAACAUGUUAAAAUUGAUUAUAUGCAAAGAUGUGUGGAUUGUAUGGUUGUUUUAUGCAUUUGUUGUUCCAUAGUGUGAUUUUGUGGUUGUUAUCCUUGUAUUUAUUAUUUGCUUUAACAUCAACCUGCCAAUGGGGCUAGAGAUGGAAAUUAGCCACCUGGCUACAUGUCAUUGUUCACUAAUAUGUAUUGUCCCAUUUAAAAAUAAACUUGAACUUAAAUUAA